GGGAGCCUGUAAUAGGUCUUCCUCUAGGACACGCCCACUAUUAUUUAGAGUAGUACGGAACCUUUUUACCUGAACCCAACAGGUAGGCAGAAAAUAUUACCAGUGACCCUCAGUGCAAAAGCUAUAAAAACUAGAACAAAUUACGAAACAACUAUCAUUAUCCGAUAAUCGUUGCAAUUGAACAGUCUAUCACUCGAAAUGCUUAAAAAACAAAUUAAACAUAUCACAGUACCGGAAAUGUUUACACCAACGCAUCCAGGAACUCUCAGCUAUACUCUGUUCUUACAUCGUAACGAAAUGAAGAGACACGGUGAUCAAUUUAACCGUUGUUUACGAUUAACCAGGUCAAAAUUUUUCGUCACAGAAAAGCUGAUUACCCAGGUGACAGCACAGAUGUAUCGUCCAAGUGCUCGUGAAAUCCAAAUACUUCAUCGGGAGCAAUUUUUCUGCGAACGUUUGAGGCAACAAAUGCAGCAUAUGAUGAGUUGGCAGCAAAUGAGCGAAUCACUGAAAAAGGAAAUUGUAGAGGCCGCCUCUGUUAAAAGAGAGGAAGAAGAACGAAAGCGAAACGAACAUGUCAGGCGAAUGAAUCUCAAAGACAACAACGUUAAUGCAAAACCAAACAGUACUUCUAAUAACAAAAUGAUGGCAAAGGGAGCUGCACAUUAUGGACACAUGACGAACCCAUCAAGACUAAACUAUGGCAAGACAAGCAGAACACCAAACGGAAAAGUGCAGUUCAAAAAUUUGGCAAAAGCGACUCCGCAAAAUCCGCAUAAGCACGCAGUUGGAAACGGGGUUUCACAAUUAAUGGAGUUACCAGGAAAUCGGCACCAAAUAACGGAAUACCGCAGAAAAAUGCGUCAAAGGAUGGCGCAACGUAAAAACUUUAUUUGAAUUGUUAUUGUUCUUUUAAGUUCAAGGAAUAGAUGUUAUAGACACUUUGUAUAAUAAACUAUUUAUUUAAAAAAAUAUAUAAAUUUUCUUCGUCUAACAUAUGUAUAUAUUUUGGAUAGUUUGAACUGAUGCAUCUACGUCUACAUAUUUAAGGAAAUGUUCUAGAAUCAAUUCUUAUUUCUUAUAAAUUACAUGUGGUUUUCAAUGAAGCAAUAAUUUUCUCAGAAUUGGUCUUCUUGACAAUUGUUCGAUUUAUACUCAUUUCAUAAUACAAGUAUAACUCUGGAGCAAAGUUUGCAAACGGGCCAAAAUUAGAACAUUCCUGCUUCGUAAAAUCGUCAC